AUGGGACAAGUGGUACCAAACGUUCGGAACCCAACAAAUUUGUCAUCCAGUAUUCAGCAGGCCCUUAUUAAUCACAACGUACAGUCAAGUCUGGGUGCCAACUCAAACAUUGGUCAGUUACCUUUAAAUUUCCCCGGAUCAACGAACGUCCUUAUGCCUCCGAGUGGUAUUUCGACGGCGGCCUUAGCAGCUAAUGCAACGGGACUUUUGUCAUCUAAUUUUUCUCUUCCCAGCACCAUCGCUACAUCUAUGGCAGCAACGAAUGCGCACGUCAAUCCCAGCUUUUUAACACAUCCAGUACCAGGGAACACUUCACUGUUACCAACAUCGGUACAAACCGGUGGGUUGAUGCAGAUGACAACUCAGAGCAGUGACUCUAAUAUACGCCCUCAUUUUGACCAUUAUGGAAGGCCGGUUAUUCAUACUUACACACCACCUAUCGCCGGAAAGCUCUCAGAGUCGGAGUUCGAAGAUAUUUUGCAAAGAAACAAAACAGUUUCAUCGAGUGCAAUUAAUAGAGCUGUUCAGGAUGCUGCUGGUGGUGAUUACGCAAGCGCUAUCGAGACGCUGGUAACUGCCAUUUCACUUAUCAAGCAAUCAAAAAUAGCUAAUGAUGAUCGUUGUCGAAUCCUAAUCAAUUCUCUUCAAGAUACUCUGCAUGGGAUUGAGUCGAAGUCUUACGGAGCUAAGGGUAGUAGUCGAAGACGUCGCCGUUCUUAUAGUGACAGUGGCAGUGAUGUUGGUGAAGGAAAUUAUAAUAAUUCUGCUGGGGGGAGUAAUAACAACAGUUCUCGCCGUCACAGAGAUAGGAAUCAUAGAUCUCGAUCUCGUGAUCGGCAUGACCGACACGAUCGUCAUGAUCGUCGAAGACAUUCGCGUGACCGAGGAUCUAGCAGUGGGAACGCUUACUACGGUAUGAGUUCCAGUCUCUCACUUUCUGGUGGAUCAGGUUUAUCUGCAGUUCAGCCAGUGGAUAGUUCUGGACAAGCUUGCUCUGGCACCCUAGGUGGUGGAGUCGAUCGGUAUCGUGAAAGCAGAUACCGACAUUAG